UAAAAUUUCUGUUCUGGCGGCUUUUUCAGCAUUUAAUAAAAACAUUAUUAAGAACAAUAAUAAUGUGAUGUUUGCGGAUGUAUCGAUUGAAAACGCUGAAGAUGUCGUUGACACUAUUUGGAGUUAUUAGUAUCAUAUUACUGAAACAUAUUGCUGAUGCGAGCAUGCAACCGGUGGGUCAAAGUGAAGUCUUUUUGACUUAUCAGGCGAACCAACCUCUGACUUUGAACUGUACGAUUACCGGCCAGCCGCAGCCGACCUAUACCUGGUCGAAACAAGGAUCAUGUGGGCGCAGUCUCAACGUUACAGGUUCCAAAGUCCAUGUGACAGAUUACUUGACGAUCGGGGAUGCCGGGAUUUACGUCUGCAACGCGUCCAGCGGCGGGAACGUGGUGACCCAGAUUUACCACGUGGCCGUUUACCGUUCUGGAUUUGAGGACAAGUGUAAUUUCGAGAACAACAACCUCUGCAGUUGGCGCCAGGAUUCGAACGACGUUUUUAAUUGGACAUUUCAGUCUGGAAAUACCAACUCAUCCGGCACCGGCCCCCCUGGUGACCACACAACUCAUGGCGGGGCCGGGAAGUACAUCUACAUCGAAGCCUCCGAUCCCCGCACGCGGGGUAACAACGCGGCAAUUGUGUCCCACCCACUUCCGGCAAAUCAACCCACGUGCCUCUCAUUCUUCUACAACAUGUUCGGCGCCGACAUUGGGAACCUUAACGUCACUAUUGUGGACAAGUGCUCGGGACAGACGCAGAUGGUUUUCCACGAGUCCGGUAACAAAGGUGAAGCCUGGAAAGAGGCGACCGUCAGCAUUCCAGCAUCAGCGGUCCCCAACGAGUACGAAAUUAAAAUAGGGGCCUCCGUCGGGAGCUCGUUUAAAGGGGAUAUAGCGUUAGAUGACAUUCUUAUUCAGGACACCUCGUGUGCAGAUCCAUCUGUUUCGAUUCUUGGCAACCAGAUGGUGAAUGAAAACAGAAGCCUAACUCUUAGUUGUCAACUGUCAACAUGCUCCACAUCCGCUUGUACGUACAGCUGGACUUCAUCACAAGCGAUACCCGGAAAUAGAACUCAACAAACCAUGACGUUGACAAAUAUCAAACGGGACUGGAAUGCAGCGACAUUGUAUUGCCGAGUCACCGUCAAUGUGUCAGUAUCCAUCGUCGGAUCAACCACAAUCAACGUACAAUAUGGUCCAUCGACAGCCACCAUAUCAGUCAGUAGCCCAAUGAAACUCACUGAGAACACAUCGCCUCCUACUGCCAUCACUUGUUCAAGCCCGGUCUGUAAUCCCAGCUGCAAUGCCAAGUGGAUCAACGGUUCAACCCAAAUACAUAACAACACGCUUUUUAUUACACCGGUCAGUCGAUACUUGGCAGGAUCGUACAAGUGCAAUGUUUCCAAUUCAGUUGGGUUUUGGACUAAACAGCUUGAGAUUAUCGUAAACUACGCACCUGAUGUGACGCUAAAUUGGGACGAAAGCUCAAAGAAGCUCACAUGUACAGUUGCGGGAAAUCCCGACAAUUAUACGUUCCACGCCCUCGAGCACCGCAUAUUAGGUUCUACGAUCAGAAACAUCAGUUUUCAGCCGGGAUCAGGCAGGUCACGUUAUGCAUUGUUGAGUUACCAGGACAAAGGAUCUUACACAUGCACAGUAGAAAAUGGCAUUCUCAAAAAUGGCGCAACAAAACAAAGUCGCACGUUGGAAGUGGUAAUAAAAGACGUCCCCGUUUUGCUGGAACACACUAGAACGUAUAACGUCUCAAAAGGCGACCCACUGAUCGUCACCAUUCCAAUUUACGCCUUCCCAGCUGUUUCGAAAACCGGAAUUAUGAUCAAGAUAGGAGAUCGGACCAUGAGUACCUCAGACAAUAUCACUUUUAACAUAAAGCACCAUACCGGCUUCGUGGUUUUCCAUAACAAGAGCAUUGAAAGCAUCCAAACGCUUUCAUUGGUGAUCAACGCGACGCAAGAAGAGUACUUUCGCAAUUUUACUGUGAAUUUCACAAAUUCCGUUGGUACAACAACUGCAUAUUUUGAAAUUAUCCCACAAGGACCUCCCGAAAUACCGGUACGUUUUGAGCAACAAUCGACAACGUAUCAAAGCGUUUCAUUCGCCGUCGAGUCCGGCUUCUUCAACGGCGGGGAUCAAACCCUCGUCAUUGAGUACAGACGAGUGAACAGCAAUACUUUACGGGUGAACGGCUCGGAAGCUUACGUUGGAAAUGGGAAAAAUGUCUUUGUGGCGAUGACGGUGGGUGAUCUUACGCAAAUGACCGACUAUGAGUUUAGAGUCUAUGCCUUCAACGUGUAUGGACAGAGCGAGUACUCGGCUGUGGUACAAGUCGCUACUGCUCUAAAUGUUUUAAUGGUCGUUGGGAUUGCUGGCGGCACUGCAGGCAGUAUCUGUCUUAUCGUUCUGGUUGUGUGCUUGAAGAAAAAGCGCGAUAAAAAGAAACAGUAA